GUCAGUCCAUUUACGGUCUUAGUCACUUGAAGCCGCGGCGGCUGCAGUGGACGUGGCUCGGUCACGCCGAGCUGCAGUUCGGCUGCUGGACGCUUCACGUGUCCACGCUGCAGAUGUUCAUCCUGCUGCACUUCAACACGCAACAGGAAGUGUCAGUGAACGCUCUGCUGCAGGCCACCGGCCUAUCAGCCGCCGUUCUGCUGCACGCCAUACUGCCGCUCACCGGCUCUAAAGGACUGCUGACCUGCAGCCAACCCGAGGAGCCGCGUCAUGGUGUGUUGCAGUUGAACCAGCAGGUGGCAUCUCGCAGUAAGGAUGGCGUCCCAGUGUCCGUCCAGCUGCUGCCCAGACAGACGUACCUGAACGUGGACGAGGACGCGGCGGGGACGCUGGAGAGGAAGAGGAACUACAUCUACUGUCUGAUCGUGCACAUCAUGAAGCAGGAGAAGGAGAUGCACAUCGACAACCUCGUCUUCAAGGUUCUGGACUCGUGCCAGAAACAGGAAGCGUCCCGCUCUCCAGGCGCCGGGCGCUUCAGCUGCAGCACCAGCGACGUGCUCUCCUGCAUCAUGCACGUCAUCAGCAAAGGCUGCGUCCGGCGCAGCGAGGACAACCCGCACAUUGUGGAGUUCCUGCCCGAGGACCCGUCCACGCCGCAGAAAGGCCAGGCCCAGUUCUCCUUCAGCCGUGCCGAGGUCAGGAAAGACGCCGCCGCCGCAGACAGCCGGGCUGACAUCAGGUGUGACCUCUGACCUCACACUCAGUCUACUCAUGUCAUUUAAUUCCAUCAUCAUCCCCUACAGCCCAACCCCCUACUCUCACGGUGUCCUCACAGGACUCUGUCCUCACAGGACUGUCCUC